CUAUAAUGUACUACAAAUACACACAUAUUCAUAUAGCUUCUGUGUGAAUGUACCCUUCAAUAUGGGGGCAUAUCAUUAACAGAAGGCGAGAGGGAAAAGAGAAAUCCACAUUAUCUUUGUGCAUAGUAUUAGAACUGCUAAAUCACUUGAUAUGUAAUUGAUAGACCACCGAUUACAUUUGUGUACUCUAGGAGGCAGGGUAACAAGGCUGGGGUAAAGGGCAGGGGAUAGUUAGUUAUGUAAGUAAGAAUACUGUGAGGUGGGGUGUAGAAUAUCCAGCUGGGGACUAGAGUUUAAAUAGAGGAAAAGGACACGUGAAUGUGUGUGGAUUGUGUAACCAGUUAUUGGGAGAGACUAGGCUCUCGAAUUCCUAGUGUCUUAAUUGAGGCUGAUUUCCUUUUCAUAUUCUGGGCAAUUCUUUGCUGUAUUUUUUUCUGUUUUCUGGUUCUUUUGGCUGGCAUUGUUAUCUGUUGCAGGAGAGAUCUACCAAUAGUGGUAUCAGAGCAACACGAUCGUUAUGGGACCAAAGAAGGAUUUCCAAUUGGAAUCAUUGGAGGAGAAGAUGGAGGAGAUACAAUCGGAAGUUUACAGAGAGUUGCAGGAGGCUAGGUCUGAGUUUCAGCAAUUCCCCAGAGAAAUUGAUUUGCUGAAACAAGAAAUCCAACGGCUGCCAGUAAUGGAGAAGAAGAUGGAUUAUCUCGUAACUCACCUCACGAAUUUGCUGCGAACUCAGGGCCAACACACACCAGAUGAGACAAUCGGGAGUGCUGAAGGGCCGGCCACAAACGGAUUGGAUGGGAGCCCAGGGGGACCGUUUCCUCACGCUUCACCUGAGAAGAGCAUUCCGCCGGGCAUGGGUUCGGCACCACCACCACCUCUGACGCAGGGAGCUUCGCACUUCGGGGAUGUCAACACCGGCCACGAUUAUCGGCCAGUAAGAAUGGAGUUGCCGCUGUUUUCGGGAGAGAACCCCGACGGGUGGAUAUCACGGGUGGAGAGGUAUUUUCUUUUGAUGCGCAUGACAGAGCCGAUUAAGCUAGAGUCGGCCAUUGUGGGUCUAGAUGGGGAUGCCUUGACUUGGUUCCAGUGGGAACAUCACAGACGACCGAUUACCUCUUGGGCAUCUUUGAAGAGGUUGAUUUUGCAGCGGUUCAGAGAGGCUCCGGUGGGGUCAAUUUCCGAGGAGUUGUUGUCGUUGAAUCAGACCACAUCCGUGAAGGAGUAUCGCGUCCGGUGGGAGACGUUAGCAGCUCGGGUCCUCGACGUACCGGAGCAUAUUUUGGAAGGAAGCUUCAUGAGGGGCCUCAAGGAUGCGAUCAAGGCAGCCCUCCACAUUCUCCAGCCCAUUGGGCUAGCCCACAUAAUGGAUACGGCCCAGAGAGUGGAAGAAGGGCAUCAACUCCUCCACUCGGGCCCUAUAUUCCGGCCCAGUUCCAACAAAUCCAGCCCAGGGCCGCCGGCCCAAUCCAGAAAUGCCGUAGCUCCUGUGUCUUCACGCACGCAUCAGCACCCUUCGAUAGCAGCAUCGUCUUCUUCGACAACCACCACUCACCAGCGCACAGGUACAUCGGCGUUCGGCGCCGGCCAGCAGAGCAAGCUGCCGGCGUUCCGCCGCCUCACGGAAGCGGAGUAUCAAGAAAAACGGGCUCGGGGCAUUUGUUUUAAGUGUGACAAGAAAUUUUUCAGAGGUCAUGAAUGUGAGCAACGAGCCUUACAAGUUCUGUUAUUAUCCGAUGAGGAUGACGCCCCACUUACCGAAGAAUCUCCUCCACUGUCGCCGGAGUCGAAAGAGACGGUUGUCACUGAAGAAACUUUGGCCACCUUGUCACUAAAUUCUUUGGUGGGCAUUUCUUCAGCCCACACAAUGAAACUGGCGGGGCACAUAGGGCAGCGACCAGUCACGGUUCUCAUUGAUAGUGGGGCAACUCACAACUUCAUCUCCAUGGAUGUCGUUUCAGCAGCGGGGCUUCCAAUUACAGCGACAACUUGUUAUGGCGUGUUGUUAGGUACGGGCGGGAAGGUGAGAACGGAGGGCAUAUGUGUGCAAGUGGAGUUGGAUUUGGGGGCGUUGCGCGUAAUCAUAGAUUUCUUGCCACUUGAGUUGGGGGGAGCCGAUGUGAUAUUGGGCAUCAAGUGGUUGGAGACAUUGGGGAACAUGCAAGUCAAUUGGCGAACAAUGAUUAUGAAAUUCGAGAUGGCGGGAACAUGGAUUACUUUGCAAGGCGACUCAAGUUUAUGUAAAUCCCCAGUCUCAUUGAAGGCUAUGAUUCUUUCCGUUGAAAAAGAAGCACAAGGAUUUUGGGUUCAUUUUGGCGCAUUUUCUACGGCAGAGGGAGUGAGCAGCGACGCCCCGCCCACACAAAUUAAAGCUGUAUUGCAGCGAUUUGACGCUGUUUUUGGGUCGCCGAAGGGGCUGCCCCCUAGCCGUGGGAGAGAACAUGCUAUUGUGCUCAAGACGGGAACGGAACCGGUAUCGGUGAGACCAUAUAGAUAUGCACAGGCUCAAAAAGAUGAGAUCGAGAGGUUGGUUUUGGAGAUGUUGCAAGCUGGGAUCAUUAGACCAAGUACAAGCCCUUUUUCGAGCCCGGUCCUUCUAGUUAAAAAGAAGGAUGGCAGCUGGCGGUUUUGUGUAGAUUAUCGGGCUUUGAAUAGAGAAACGGUGGCGGAUAAGUUCCCAAUACCCGUCUUUGAUGAAUUGUUGGAUGAACUUCAUGGAGCUCGAGUGUUUUCGAAGCUGGAUUUGAAGUCGGGGUACCAUCAAAUCCGGGUGGCAGCAAGGGAUAUAGAGAAGACGGCAUUCCGUACUUAUGAGGGGCACUACGAAUUUCUUGUCAUGCCCUUUGGAUUGACGAACGCUCCUGCCACUUUUCAAGCUCUUAUGAAUGAGGUUUUUCGUGAUUAUUUACGCAAGUUUGUGCUGGUUUUUUUUUGCGAUAUUUUAGUUUACAGUUCCUCUAUGGCGGAACAUACACACCACCUUUCGCUGGUUUUGGAAAGACUGCAGCAACACACACUUUAUGCCAACCAAAAGAAGUGUUUAUUUGCUCAAAAACAAGUGGAAUAUUUGGGUCAUGUGAUUUCUGGUCAUGGAGUGGCAGCGGACCCAAGUAAGCUUGCGGCUAUGGAGGAUUGGCCCACCCCAAGGACGAUUAAAGAGCUGCGUGGGUUCUUGGGUUAAACAGGUUAUUACCGGAAGUUUGUGCAAGGUUAUGGGAGGAUAGCAAAACCUUUGACGGAUCAGUUGAAGAAGGAUGCUUUUGGAUGGACAUUGGAGGCACAAGAGGCAUUCCUACAGUUGAAGAAAGCCAUGUGUUCGGCCCCGGUUUUGGCCCUGCCCAAUUUUUCCGAGCCAUUUGUGGUAGAAGCCGAUGCAUCGGGAGGAGGAUUAGGGGCGGUUUUGAUGCAAUUUGGAAGAUCCAUCGCUUUUUACAGCCAUGUUUUAUCCGCUAGGGACUGUCUCAAAUCAGUCUAUGAAAGGGAGUUGAUGGCCAUCGUGUUGGCUAUUCUUAAAUGGCAUCCUUAUUUUCUUGGAAGACGGUUUGUGGUGCGAACGGACCAAAAAAGUUUGAAGUUCUUGUUGGAGCAGCGGCUUGUCGCUUGGGAGCACCAAAAAUGGCUCACAAAGCUUCUUGGAUAUGAUUUUGAUAUACAAUACUGUCCGGGAUUAGAGAACAAGGCAGCGGAUGCCUUAUCUAGGCUUCAUGGGGACGCCACUCUUGCUGCCAUUUCAGUUCCACACCUCAUUUCCAUACUGGAUUUACAAGCACAUGUAGCAAGGGACCCAUUUCUAGCUAGAGUGAUUGCGGAGUUGUCGAUGGGUAAAUCGUGUGGCGGGUUUUCUUGGGUACAAGGCUGUCUUAAGUUUAGAGGCAGAUUAGUUUUACCAUCUUCCUCACCUUUUAUUCCGUUGUUAUUGCAAGAGUAUCAUGGCAGCAAGGUAGGGGGACAUUCGGGGGUUUUUAAAACAUUUCAAAGGCUAGCGGCGAAUCUAUAUUGGAGAGGAAUGCGUAAAGAUGUGCAGAAGUUUGUGAUGGAGUGUGCGGUGUGCCAACAAAACAAAUAUUUAGCCCAGUCUCCAGCGGGUUUAUUGCAGCCAUUACCCAUCCCGGAACAAGUUUGGGAGGACAUUUCCAUGGAUUUCAUUGAGGGGUUGCCAGUGUCCAAUGGGUUUGACUCUAUUCUAGUGGUGGUGGACCGGUUGAGCAAGUAUGGUCACUUUAUACACUUACGACAUCCAUAUUCAGCGGCAUCGGUCGCGGCUGUUUUGUGCAAGAGGUGGUCAAGCUUCAUGGGAUUCCACGAUCUAUAGUGUCGGAUAUAGACAAAAUUUUUCUCAGCUUGUUUUGGAAAGAACUAUUUAGGCUCCAAGGGACUGCAUUAAAGCAAAGUACAGCAUAUCACCCACAAUCCGACGGUCAAACGGAAGUGGUUAACCGUUGUGUAGAAACAUACCUUCGUUGCUUUGUGAGCUCCAAACCCAGCCAAUGGGCGAAAUGGCUACCGUGGGCGGAGUUUUGGUACAACACUUCUUUCCAUACAGCUGCUGGAAUGACUCCUUUUCGAGCCCUUUAUCACAGGGACCCUCCCCCUUUAAUUAGAUUUGAGCAUGGCAGCACUAGAGUCUCGACGGUGGAGCAAACUUUGACGGAAAGGGAUGACAUUUUGGAGCUGUUACGGCAGAAUCUACAGCGUGCCCAGCAGAAAAUGAAGACUCAAGCGGACAAGAAACGGCGUGCUGUCACAUUUGAGGUAGGGGACAUGGUAUACGUGAAGUUAUGUCCUUAUAGACAAAGAUCGGUGGCUAAACGCUUGAAUGAGAAGCUAUCUUCACGGUACUUUGGCCCGUUUGCUGUGGUUGCACGAAUCGGAGCUGCCGCGGAGCUGCCGCCUAUCGUUUACAGCUACCCAAUGAUACCGCAAUACAUCCAGUUUUUCAUGUAUCACUCCUCCGAGCGGCACUGGGACCAAACUAGCAAGCCACUUCCCUUCCCACGGGCUUAACGGCAGAUUUAGAGUGGUUGCUCGAACCCGAAGAGGUCCUGGAAGUUAGGCCGGGCACGCACACGGAGUCUCCCCAAGCUCUCAUUAAGUGGACCAACUUACCAGCUUUUGAAGCCACUUGGGAAGAUUUUUCAGUGAUUCAAGAGCAAUUUCCUCAUUUUCACCUUGAGGACAAGGGGAAACUUCUAGCGGGCGGUAUUGAUUGACCACCGAUUACAUUUGUGUACUCUAGGAGGCAGGGUAACAAGGCUGGGGUAAAGGGCAGGGGAUAGUUAGUUAUGUAAGUAAGAAUACUGUGAGGUGGGGUGUAGAAUAUCCAGCUGGGGACUAGAGUUUAAAUAGAGGAAAAGCACACGUGAAUGUGUGUGGAUUGUGUAACCAGUUAUUGGGAGAGACUAGGCUCUCGAAUUCCUAGUGUCUUAAUUGAGGCUGAUUUCCUUUUCAUA